GAUCGAGCGACCGGAGGGAGCGACGCUCGUCCCUGCUUUUCCUCUUGUGAAACCAUUAGGGGAGCUCGCUCGAAACCCUAAUUUGGAUUGGAGGAGGAAACCGUAGCGAGAGAGAGAGAGGAAACAGGAGAGAGGCAUUAGAGAGAGAGAGAGAGAGAGAGAGCGAGAGAGAGAGAGAGAGAGAGAGAUGUCGAAGAUGGAGGGGAGAAGGAAGAAAUCAGUGGGAUCGGCGAGGAGCCUCCUCGCUAUAUCGCUGGUGAUUCUCGCGAGCUUCCUCCGCAGCGCCUCCGCGCUCUCCGUCACCGUCGCGGACGAGGAGUGCAUCUACGAGUUCGUCCCCUCCGAGGGCGACACCGUCUCCGGAAACUUCGUAGUCAUGGAUCACGACUCCUUUUGGGAUUCGGAUGAAUCCGGGGUCGAUCUCGUGGUGACUUCUCCAGGAGGCAAUGUUGUGCAAUCAUGGAAGGAAACAUCCAGUGAGAAAUUUGAGUUUAAAGCUCCAAGGCCUGGAAUGUACAAGUUUUGCUUUCAUAAUGCGCAUGAUGUGCCUGAAACUAUUUCAUUCUACAUACAUGUUGGACACAUCCCCAGUGAACAUAACCUUGCAAAAGAUGAUCACUUGGAUCCCAUAAAUGUAAAGAUUGCAGAGCUAAGGGAAGCACUGGAAUCCGUAACAGCUGAGCAGAAGUACCUAAAAGCACGAGAAGCUCGACACCGCCGUACAAACGAUAGCACCAGAAGGCGUCUAAUCUUCUACACACUGACGGAGUACCUUGCACUUGUAUGCGCAAGUUUAUUUCAGGUAGUUUACAUUCGCCGCCUGUUCAGUAAGAAUGUGGGAUACAACAGGGUAUAGGCCCAUUGUAUUUUUGCCUGGCCUUCGAACUAACUUUUAGCGAAUUAGAUUUUAUUUAUUCUUUACCUAGAAUUGAAUUGAAGGAUAUUGCUAUAAUUUAAUCUUUGUUCCAUUGUAAUUUGCUAAAUAUUUUUUAGUUUGAUCUCAGAGAUUUUUUUUUUUGUUCUUUCUUCGGGGGUUCAUUAUUAGACUACAUAAGGUCAUUAUUUGAGAAAUA